AUUGUAGUAGGCUUAUGUUCUGUACUGGAUCAUAGUAGACUAAGGCUAUGGAAUAAUAAAGACUUGACACUUGUAUUAUACCACCGAAGUGAUCAGACGGAACUUAUUCAGCAUUAUCACAUUGGCGGACGAGGUAAAUUUUCUGUCGGGAGAAAACGGCUGGCAAGCAUCUGGACCUGGAAGCCUGAAAUCUGCUGAGGAGAAUUAAGUAGCUGUUCAAGAUCUUAUUAUCAAACCCGUUGAAGAAAAUGGCUACGCUCCAUUUCAACAUAACCCCUUUCGUGGAACAUGGUGAUGGUCCAACGUCUACCAGGUGGGAAAGCUGGAGGGACCAGUUCGUAUCGUACUUGGCAUUGAAGGGAGUUGAUGACCAUGGUGAAAUGUAUCGCGCACUAAUGUGUUUCGGCGGAUCCGAUGUAAGGAAGAUUGCCCAAAACGUCGGUAUUGAUGCAAGCUGCGUACUUGAUAACCCGUACCGAGCGGCAAUGGAGAUGCUGGACAAUUACUAUGCCCCUCGCAUGUCACUGCGUUACGAAAGGUUCAAGUUUCGACAACUCCAAUUCAACCCCCACGAGACGUUGGAUCAGUUCACGUUGCGUUUGCGGUCCCAGGCGUCGCUGUGUGGUUUCGGCGAUCAAAUCGAAGAAAUGAUGAUGGAUCAAAUCGUGUUUGCUACAAAGGAAGAUGACAAGCUAAGGGCUAAAUAUCUCGAGGCAGACACGUCACUGGAUGAAAUGUUGAAGAUAGGACGGACCUAUGAAUCUGUAAAGCUGCAAGUUCGUGAAUUCCGUGGGAUGCUGACGAAACCCGCUCCGAUUGAGGAAGUUAAUGUUGUUGAACGUCAGAAGUAUCAGAAGCUAUGUGGAAGAUGUGCCGGAAAUCAUGGUGAGAAAAACCGGUGCCCAGCGCGCGAUUCGCAGUGUAAUUUGUGCAGAUUACCAGGGCAUUACGCUCGAUGCUGUCGUCGGUCAAGAAAGUUUGCGAAACAUCCCGAUCGGAAGUUUAAGAAGUCGGAGGACGGUUCACUGGAUUCCAGCCGAAAACUUAAGUUUGUUCGUGAGAUAGAUGACGUUACCAAUAACGUGGAAGUGCGCGAGUUGUUCCACCUUAAUGGAAAGCGGCGGGUGACUGGUACCGUUGGUGGCGUUAACGUUUGGUUUGUGGUGGACACCGGUGCUGAUGAAGAUGUGCUGAGCAAGGAUGAUUGGAAGAUGUUGAAACGGACUGGUUUUGCUGCAUAUGGCGUACGUAAGGGUAGCAACAAAGUUUUCCAAGCUUAUGGGAGUCAAAAGCCUUUGACGGUCCUGGGUGAAGUCGAAGCUGAAAUCAAGAUUGGUUCCAAAAGCUGCAUUACUACCCUUCACGUAAUUCAAAAUGGAAAAUGCUCGUUAUUGAGUGGUAAAUCGGCAGAAAUGCUUGGUGUUGUCAAGUUCCUUCACGCCUUGUCCUCUGUUGAGUUGCCCUACAUCAAAGGUAAGACACAACUUUAAUUACUAUUAGAUUUGAAUGGACUAAAAUAUAAAAUUUAAUGCUCAGAUAUGUGUGCUUCUAUCAAAAUAGACCGAACGGUUUCUCCAGUAAGGCAAGCAUACAGGCGUAUACCAAUUCCGCUGGAAGAGAUUACUCUUCUUAAGUUGAAGGAGUUAGAACGUCAGGGAAUUAUUGAAAGGGUCCAUGAAGCUUCAGAGUGGGUAUCCCCUAUGCUGGUAAAAAGAAAAAGUUCAGAUGAUGUCAGAAUAAUCAUUGAUUUACGUGCAGCAAAUAAAGCUGUUAUCAGAGAGGUUCACCCACUACCCACAAUGGAGCAGAUGAUCAGCAAACUCAGAGGAAGUACAAUUUUCACUAAGCUCGAUGUUAAACAAGCGUUCCAUCAAUUACUACUCAGAGACGAUUGCCGUUACAUCACAACCUUUAUUUCUCCUCUUGGGCUGAUGAGAUAUAAAAGACUCGUAUUUGGGUUAUCGGCUGCCCCAGAGUUAUUCCAAAAAUGUAUGGAAACGAUCCUCGGCGAUUUCCCUUGGUUGAUCGUCUUUAUAGAUGAUAUUUUAAUUUUUGCUCCUAAUAUUGAUAUUCUGAAGGUAUAAUAUCAUGCUAAAAUAUUGUUCAAUAUUUUUAAACAUUAUCACUAUUGCAGU